GCUAAACUAACCAAGACUUUUGAUUCAAGCCAUUUGGAUUACAUAUCAUCACAUGUUUUCUACAAAUUAGCUUUGAUCGGCCUUACAUCCUUCUUCUUCUUCUUCGUAUAAGAAGAAACUGAAAUGAUUUAAGAUCGGGCGUUGCCCUGUAACUUUUAUGUUCAAAUGAUCUAAUAAAUAUAUUUAAUUAAUUUCUCAAGAAUAUAAAUAAAUAGACGACAGAAAGUAAAAUUCAAUUGUGAUUCCCAAAUAUCAUUGCUCGUGACUUCUUUAACGGUCGAAAAAUGUUGCUUUCCACGAACCACUGCUAGAGUUUGACGUUAGGCACGACGUGGUUUCACUCACGACCCGUGUUUUUAUUUUGUUUUUUAAAGUUUGACUUGUCAGCAGAGAGUACCAUGAAUUAGCAGACCUCAUGUAUGCAAUAAUCCCUGGAAAUAGCUGUACCUUUUUUUUUAAUUAUUUAACCUAGAACACAGGAAGCUCAAGGCUGAGACUGGAACACCAGAAGAUACGACCGUUCAGACAAAACGGUUCUUAUCGAUACAGGAGGUAGGGUGGUAACGGAUUUCCUGGCAACAUGGCUUCAGAUACAGUGAAAACAUAUUGUGUAUUGUGGUGCUAACUUAAAUGUUCGAAGUUAUUUCUCUCCAGCAGAUCUGAGUUGAUCUGACUGAGUUUUCGUGGAUAAAUGUUUUUGUAAACACUGGUUGGUUACCUAAGAGAAAAGUGAUACUAUGGACCGAAGGAGACUACUUUUGUAAUUAAAGAAAAAAAGAACUUAUGCACAACUUGAAACAAUGGAUAGCCCACUACGUUUUCACUUUUUAGCAUUAUAUUUCGUUUCGGUGUUUACAGAAAUUCCAGUCUUGCUAGGAUAUACGUGUGGAACACCAGGAAGACCUGUAGACGGCUGGUAUGCACCUUCAAAGGACGAAUACUCACCUGGUGAGAAUGUUACUUACUACUGUGGAACGCGAAAUGUCAUGAUCGGCAGCGAUAUCCGAGUGUGCCAAUCCAGUGGUUCCUGGAGCGGCGCGAUUCCUUUUUGUGAUAAGCCAUCUAAGGUAGAAAGUGCCCUCCAGUCUACAACUUUAUUCGAACAUUCUGCGACAAAAGCACUUGAUCAUGAUUACUCGUCUUGCUCCUCAACGAUGUGGGAAAGUGAUUCCUACUGGACUGCCUUUUUGGAAAAGGAAUUUAUUGUGACAGCAAUCCGUCUAAUUCUACCAACACCCGAUGAGGUGGAUUUGGAGGUGAUGGUUAAAAAGGACGGGGAAAAGCCAAUCAGUUGUGGUAGAUUUAAAGGUCAAACAGGUGUCCACGUGUCAAAAGUGUUCUACUGCCCAAAAAACACUUCCGGUCGACAUGUCCAUGUCAAGGAUAACAUGAAGACGAAACAUUUUUUUCAGCUCUGCGAGGUGGAAGUUUUUCUGGACAGAGGUAAAGUUCAUGGUAAAAAAAAAAGCUAUGAAUGAACGGAUACAUUACUGAACUUAUACCUAAACUUGUGUAUAUUGUACUCAUAUGUUAACUGAGAUAUGUAUUGCUAUGAAGUGUCAUAUAACAAUGUGAUUUUGGAAAGCAUUUUUGUAACAAUUUUAACAUACAUAGUGUUGUAUGUUAUUGUAAGUAUUUUACGGUUACUUUGUGAAUAUGUGUAGCAAGUUUGGCCAAUAAUCAUGAUUACAUGUUUUAGUUUUUGAUUAAAUUGUAUUAUCUUUUUAAGCUAUGUAAUCGAACCCAAGUAAUUAAUUAGGCAUCACAGACAGUGCCUCCUAGCGGAAAGGUGCACAGUUACCAUAGUAACUACUAAUCUACAAGCGGUGUGGAUGAUACAUAAAUGGUUAUAGUUCCGACUUGUUUUUAGUGGUUUUGUUAUUACUUAUCCUCAGUAAAUUGUCCAAGAGAUAAGCUCGAGUAAACACGGUGUAGAGUUGUUAUUAUGCUAUAUGAGAUUGUUCGCGGAAUUAAGUAAAACGUUGGAAAUUAUUUUACUGGAUCUAUCGUUUAGACACUUUUGCGCGAAAGGAUAAUAUUUCAUGCUUCUAUAAUAAAGUUUUGAGUUUUAUUUCUCACAAAGUAAAUGAGCCAUGUUCUAAUGCUCUCAUCUGAAAGCUAAGCAAUUACGUCAUCAGGCGUGUCACGUGCCACUAAUAUUAGUACAAUUAUAAAUAUACUAGCGUAAAAAGAAAGUGACUUUUAGUGUUUUUUUAUAACCCAUUUUCAAUUUAGAGUAAGGAACAAAGAUGCAAAAUCCUACAAUAAAUUUGGUACGUCUAUUAUUAAAUAGUAGAAAAUGAACGUAGUGAUCAAGAGACCAUAAAAUGUCAAUUUAUUGAAAAUGUUUGUAUAGUUAAGAUAAUAUUUAUAAUAUCAUAUUGUAUGAUCAGCAACUGUUAUGGUUUGAACUCGUAUU